AUGCUGGGCAUGAUAUUGACUGUGGGCAUUGCACAGCGGUCAACAGGAAUCAAAGUUAAAGCAAGGGAUGUAAAUGGAGCAAAGGUCGAGUUGAAACUCAAUGGCUUGGCUGCCCGCAUAUUCCAGCAUGAGUUUGACCACCUCCAGGGCGUGCUUUUCUUCGAACGAAUGGCACCAGACAUUCGUGCUGAACUGCUGCCUCGAUUGGUACAAUGGGAGGAAGAAUUCUUGAAGGAUAAUCCGGGUGUUCCCAUCCAACGGGUAACAACUUCUUCCACAGAGAGUGAUGCCAAUGAGUGA